AUGCUCCCGCCCCAUGCGUGCUCCCGCCCCAGUGCGUGCUCCCGCCCCAGUGCGUGCUCCAUCUCCAGUGCGUGCUCCCGCCCCAGUGCGUGCUCCAUCUCCAGUGCGUGCUCCAUCUCCAGUGCGUGCUCCAGCCCCAGUGCAUGCUCCCGCCCCAGUGCGUGCUCCCGCCCCAGUGCGUGCUCCCGCCCCAGUGCGUGCUCCCGCCCCAGUGCGUGCUCCCGCCCCAGUGCGUGCUCCCGCCCCAGUGCGUGCUCCAUCUCCAGUGCGUGCUCCAGCCCCAGUGCGUGCUCCAUCUCCAGUGCGUGCUCCAUCUCCAGUGCGUGCUCCAGCCCCAGUGCAUGCUCCCGCCCCAGUGCGUGCUCCCGCCCCAGUGCAUGCUCCCGCCCCAGUGCGUGCUCCAUCUCCAGUGCGUGCUCCAGCCCCAGUUGCGUGCUCCAACCCCAGUGCAUGCUCCAUCUCCAGUGCGUGCUCCCGCCCCAGUGCGUGCUCCCGCCCCAGUGCAUGCUCCCGCCCCAGUGCGUGCUCCCGCCCCAGUGCAUGCUCCCGCCCCAGUGCGUGCUCCAGCCCCAGUGCAUGCUCUAUCUCCAGUGCAUGCUCAAGCCCCAGUGCAUGCUCAAGCCCCAGUGCAGCCAGAGUUGA